UUUGUGCAUCAGUUAUUCAAGCCAUCAAUUUCCAUUUUUCCCAUUUUUUUCAUUUUCAAGAGGCUUAACUCUAUAAGUAACCCGUCUUAAUUUGCUUGCCUUCUGCAAGCUCAAUAUCUUCGAUCAUGGCGAUUUACAAGUUUCUGAAGUACUUCUUGUCUUUGCUUUCAGUGGUUCGGCCUCUGAAAUGGGCUUGGUACUUCCUGCUUCAUUACUCUUUGUUCCCUUACCACAUGCCAACAUAUAUUGUUGGUGAAGGUUUCAAUAAGCUAGGUGACUCCGAUAACGCUGUUUCCGAGUGUGCCAUUUGUUUAUGCAACAUUGACGACGAUGACGAGAUUGGAGAACUGAGAUGUGACCAUUUUUUCCACAAAGUUUGCUUGGAUAGAUGGAUCGGGUAUCGGGGUUCUACGUGUCCCAUAUGUCGCCGUCCUCUACUUCGACCUCUGAAACUAGGCGCCCCCACCGUGGAAGUCAUACUUCUCAAUUAUUGUUCUUUCGAUGAUUCAAACCACCGCGAAACCUUAUGGCUGCGUUAAGAAUAUAUGGUACGUACUUUACUGCUGGAGGAGCUAAGUGUGAAGAAAAGCAGCUAAAGUUGCUUGUCUGACAGACUAUGGAAAUCUAUAUCUAGUGUCGGUAUAAUUACACAUAUGUAUUAUGUAAGUCUAUGAAUUUCCAUUACCUGGAAUUUUAUUAGCUGCCUUACCUUUCUAUUGAAUGUGAGUUUAUUCCUUUCGCUUA